CACAUCCGUCCAGAUCCAGUGUAACCAACCGGAGAACCUCCGUGCUCUGUCAGCACAUCAUCAUCAUCCUCAUCAUAAACAUCAUCAUCAUCAUCAUGGACUUCUCAAUCCGUGCAGCCAACGUGGAGGACUGCAAGGACAUCGCCCGGAUGAUCUUGGAGUUGGCUGAAUAUGAGAAAGUUGCAGACCAUGUGAAAGUCACACAGAGAGACUUGGAGCAGGAUGGCUUCUCCAAGAACCCGUUCUUCCAUGGGAUCGUCGCUGAGGUGCCAGAACAGCACAAAACCAAAGACGGCCAUACGAAGAUCGGAUAUGCACUUUACUUUUAUUCCUACAGCUCAUGGUCAGGCAGAGCCGUGUAUAUGGAGGAUUUGUACGUGAUGCCUGAGUUCAGAGGGAAGGGCAUUGGUAAAGCACUUAUGAGCAAGGUAGCUCAGCUGGGCCUCGCUGCCGGCUGCAACCAGCUCAACUUCACCGUCCUGGACUGGAACAAAGAUUCUCUGGACUUUUACAUCAGCCAGGGCAGCUUCGACGUCACGGCUAGCAUGGGCUACCACUGUAUGCGCUGCGAAGGAGAGGCUCUGCAGCAUCUGGCCCAACCGUAACCCAACGCUGGGCUCACGACGGCAAGACCUUUGCAACCACUAGGUCCAUUAGUGCAGGGAAAGGGCACCGCUUAGUGGCCCCGUUCCAAAACUUGACAAUGACAAUCAAAAAGCUGAUUUUCUGAGUUUGUUAAGCUUCCCCCACCCCACUAGUUACUUUAUCCACGCUUAUUUAGUUUCCAUGUUAGCACAGCACAUAUGCAGUUUACAAUAUUAACAACAAUGUCGUCCAUUUUUACAUAAAGGUAAACGAAACCAGGCAACAACUGGCAGAUUUAAUUAGCUGCUGUUAGCGAGCAUUAGCUUAUUAGCUGACACUAACUCAACUGAAUUGGCUGAAAAUUUGCAGUUAUAGUUUUUUUUUCUUCUGGGGGCUAUUGGAUUGUAAAAUAUUCAUGAAUAUGUGCUUCAGUGUGCGAAAUCUACGCACAAAAUUACAAAUGCCUCUGUCACCUUUUUCUGCCCAGUGUUUGUAAUUUUUGUUUUAAUGAUUGUUUUUACAGAUUUCAUUUAUAUCUUAAAUACUAUUUUAUUCUUGAAAAAGCCUUUUGUGAAUGGUGUUCUAUGAAAGGUGCUAUACUACAUAAACCCAUAAAAUUAUUAUUAUUAGUCAUAGUAUUGUUGUCAUUAUAGAGUCCAAGGAUUUGGUCUUACUUCAGCCUAAUGCAAACCACUUCACCAUGUACCUGCUGUGCCUGGUUCUGUUUCGAAAAGGGGUUUAACAAAAAAAUCAAUUGGCUUAGUACUUAGUAAGUCAAGGAUGCAGUUUUAAGUAUUGGAACGGGGCCUACGCCAUACAUUUUAAUAGUACUAUUCGAGACACUGUAAUCUGUCUUUUGUGUUUUUCCCUUGUGAUGUGUUUUUGACCCAGAGCACCUUUUGAUUUUUUGGUGUUAAAUGGAUCAGAUAACAUAACCUCUCUUCUUGUUAAAAAAAUGUAGAACGUAUGGGCACAGGAAAGGUCUGACAGGAGUGUGUGUGUGGUAGGGCGUGUGGGCUUGGGAGGGAGUCUUAACACAAUAAUCAUCGAGAAUUUCUUUUUUGCACAAACUUCCACAAAAACCUUAUGCAUCAGAAAGCCAAGAUGUUCUGUAUAUUUUAUUGUAUGACUGAUGUAAAAGAGUGAGUUUUUGGAAUUUUAUCCCUUUAAAUGUAUUAUAAACUAUGACAACGUCAACCAAAGAGUCGGUCACCUCUCCCCUCGUCUUCCAGAUGAGAGUUCUGUAAAGUUGUUGUGAAGCACAAUGUUGGUAUUUGCACUGUUUUCUUCCUUUUAAGCCAUGAAGGCUACUCUAUGUAUUAAAUGAUGAAAUUGUGGAGGUAAAGUAAUGCAGAAUAAUACAACAAACUCUUUGGAUCGGUUUCAAAGAAAUGAGCCUAAAACCAGACAAAAAAAUGAUCCAUCUGGUGAAAUUUAAGAAAAUAAAAGUCUUGGACUGGGCUCGGUCCGUGUCUUUGAACCUGUCCUGCUAAAAUGAAAAGGAGCAUAAUUCUGGUCUGCACUUCUGUUUCAUAUCCAGUCUAAUCAAAAAAAAAAAGAGGGCUUUCUGUAUCACUUCCAGCAAUUUAAUCAGAACAGUCUGAGUUGUGGGUUGUAUUUAUUUUGUUUUCCGUCACUCUAAACAAGAAAGAACCACAGACGCUCCGUUGUAGCUUUUGUAAUUUGCAUUUCAUUUCAUACUUUGUUUACAAAAUAAUUCAAUUGAGUAAAGAAUGCAGUUUUUUUUUAACUUCGGGAUUUUGGAUAUUUAUGCAUAUUUGCUGCAAUGUGCAAAAACUACCUACAAAAGUAAAUCUAAUGUGCUUUGAAUGAGGAGGUUAAACACGCUUUAACCGCCUCACAAGGAAUAUUAGGCCUGUUCUGUGCUUUCAGAAAAGGGCAGAGAUUAGCUUCAAAGUGUACUCCGUUAUACUUUGAACCCAAGGUCUAAAGUUCUUUCCGAUACAUUUCAUGUGCUUUCAUUGUGCUAUUACAGAGUACAUGGCCCAAUAUUUAUAACUUAUUGUCUCCAACUUCCCCUCAGGAUUCCAGCCCCCAGCUAUGAAUUAUACAACUUUGUUCCCAGCAUGGGUCCCCAAAACAUUGUCAAAAUCCUGUCAACUAUUUGCAAUAAAUCAGAGUUGAAGAACAACUUUGAAUUCAAAAGACAAUAAAAGAUUACUCAGAUUUAGUCUGCAGGGUGUGUGUAUGUGAGUACUACACAGUGUAACAGUUAGUGUAAGUAUACUUUGUCGUGGUUUAGUUGUAACCCAGUAUUCAUAUGCGAAAAUAGGCUACUGUGUUUUCAAAUGCUACUUGCUAUCAUUGAUGUUUUGUGCCUGGAAUGGUUGAAGUGGAUGGAUUCACAGGUUUUUCUCGUGAUUAGCAAAAUGUUUGAAGUGGCCACAAAAAGCACCUUUCUGUACCAGAUAUCCUGACACUUUAAUACAUGUCUAAAGCCAUGUUGCAUUUAGUCUAGAACCUGCAUGAGAAAUGUAUUUGAGCCUUCCUGUUGUCACCCAUUCUUGAAAAGCAACAGUGUUCUACGGUUUACCUGUAUACUUCUUUGAACGUUCUGUCAGUUGAAUCUAAAGAAUAAAACCUCAGACUGCAGUUAAAUAAAAAUUGUCACUACAUAACCCGUCUUAUU